CCCCAGCACCAAGAGGAUGGUGGCCCUUGGCCUCCUGGUGCAGAGCAUCAGUCCCGCGCUGGGAGUGUGGAGAGAUGUGUGGGAAGCAAGCCGUUCUUGAGGAAGUGGGGCCCACAGAGAAGUCAGCAGCCCCUUAGCCCUCACGCUUCCAAGGAACAGAACGAUGGAGAAGCCUGCAGGCAGAAAAAAGAAGACGCCGACCCCGAGGGAGGAAGCAGAUGUGCAGAAGGGCAUACUCAGAGAGGAGAAGGCGUCCGGGGACAGAAAGCCACCCGAGAGGCCCACUGUGCCCAGGAAACCCCGCACAGAGCCCCGCCUGAGUCCUGAAGACGAAGAGCACAUCUUUGAUGCCUUCGAUGCUUCAUUUAAAGAUGACUUUGAGGGGGUUCCCGUGUUCAUUCCUUUUCAGAGGAAGAAACCCUAUGAGUGCAGUGAGUGUGGGCGGAUGUUUAAGCACAAGACAGACCACAUUCGCCAUCAGAGGGUCCACACGGGAGAGAAGCCCUUCCAGUGUGUGCAGUGCGGGAAAGCCUUCCGGCACAGCUCCGACGUCACCAAACACCAGAGGACUCACACGGGAGAGAAGCCCUUCAAAUGCGGGGAGUGCGGGAAAGCCUUUAACUGCGGCUCCAAUCUCCUGAAACAUCAGAAGACGCACACCGGGGAGAAGCCCUACGAAUGCACGGACUGUGGGAAAGCCUUUGCCUACAGCUCCUGUCUCAUCCGCCAUCGGAAACGCCACCCCCGGAAGAAGCCCUGAGCUGGGGCCGUCUGUGGACUCAGGCCCUACAGUGCGAGCCUCGCCGGCCGCCUGCUCCGUGGCUCCCUCGUGUCCAGCGUCUGGUGGGGGCACAGGGCCAUGUGCACUGUGUUCCGUGCCCUGGGGACCCCCGGAAAAUCAGCCCGGUCAGAUGUGGGAACGUGCAAACGAGCGAGCGACCUUUCCACUGCAGAGAAUCUCUUUGGAUCAAGACACUGCAGUAAUGUAGAAGCCACCAGAGGCUCCUUGCAGCCACAGACCAUUUUCCAAGUUCUUCGAUGGCUCACGGGGCUCAGCACCAGAGAGCAGGGUGUGUUCACUGCCAUCCGUGGGACGGGUUUGGGUCACCUCAGAGCACCCAGCAGGAGAGGCUCCUGGUGUGGCGGGCGGCCGAGCACUUCCCGCUGCCACCUGCCUGUGAUGUCCUCUCUGCUUAAGCCUUUCAUCUGCCGCUGAACGCCCCAGUCUGGACACUCUGCUCUGUGGGUCCCCGAGCUCUGCAGCGAGCCCCAGGACCACUCGUCCCUUCCCGGCCUCUG